CAAACUUAAACAAUUGGAAAAUAAUUGUGAACUAAAAACCGUAAAGAUCGUUGUCUCGGUUAUUUAUUCGUGGGAUUUCAAACAACUUGCGGAAUGUCCAGAGGACAAAAACACAAAUCGAACGGAAUUGUGCGGGCGUGCAAAAAAAACCUUCUCAUCAGAGGAAUGGGUUUCAUCCUUGCAAAUCGUCGUUAAAGUUUUUUUAUGGAUUUCUUUCCUUCUCUCUCUCAGUGGCAUUCGAAAGGGACAAUUCUUGCAGUAAAUGUCUCUGGCGAAAUGUUGAUUACCUUCGUUUAAUAACCGCGGGUGCACGCAAUCGUUCUUCAUUAUUUAUUUCUUGUGCGUGUAUAAUCUUUGUUUACUAUAGCCGGGAUCUUCACUUUUACUGAAAACGAACCCACAGACUACACGGAAAGAGAAUGACGACUGUCAAAGUCCAUGGAGGCAUUGACAUUCUCCGACUCCCUGUAAAUCAGGAGGAACACAAUUUUCCACCUUGGAAUAUCAAGUACACGCAGUCUCAUAUUCUGCACUCUAAAUGUUCCAAAACUGAAGAAGGAUGUUCCCAAGAUCCAGAACCCUGUCAGUUCUGUGUGUACAAUCAAGCUUUAGAAAUGCCCCACAUGCCGGACAUGGUGUUUCCAAACAACAUAUUAUAUUUAAAACACAACAACGGAGCUAGCAUAGAAUUCAAUGCGCUGGAUGCUCUGAAACGUGUGUCAAAUGGCAAAAUACAAUUACAACUAGCUUGCGCGGAAGCUUGGAAAGAAUCCAGAUUAGAAAAUAAAGAGUAUUUGGAGGAAAAAGUAAAGCCCUUUGACUGGACGUUCACAACUGAUUAUAUGGGUACAACUUUGGGAUUUGAGGUUCAAGAAACUAAAGAGAGAAUAGAUGUGGACAAAUUGAAAGUGAAAGAGAAAAUAUUGUUUUAUCACGAUUUGACUCUUUACGAGGAUGAACUUCAUGACCACGGAAUUGCUGCGAUGUCUGUCAAAAUUCGGGUUAUGCCUAAUAGUUUAUUCAUAUUGCUUCGCUAUUUUCUUCGUGUUGAUAAUGUCAUGAUCCGAGUGAACGAUACUCGACUUUAUCACGAAUUUCAUCAGAAUUACUUGUUACGAGAGUUCACAUCUAGAGAAGCUAAAGUCAAAGAUUUACACGUGCCACCGAGUCUCUUCGUAGAUCCUAGCCGCAUAGCUCUUCAUCUGCCACUGACAAAUAGUCGCUACGAAAAAUUAAUUGUUUCGAACCACCCUACGAAUCCUCUCCCAGGGGAAAGUGAGGGAUUGACAAAAACAGUGAAUGAAGCAGAAUAUAACAAACCCGAGUGUUGUAGCUUGAAUCCAACUAGUGUAGAAAACGUCCAACCAAACACAACAACAAACGACUCUGUAACUUAGAGCCUAAACAUAAAAUAUUGAACCUGAGGAUCAUUCAUUGUUACAUUUACUAUGAUGGAAAAACAAAGAAAUGAAAAAAAAAAGCAACUGAUAUAAUUUUCCAUGCGUUAGCUUGAAAAAAUCAACGGCUGUACUGUUUAGAACAGAUAAUACAAAAAAUAAUUAUAAAACACACUAAAACGAAAAUGCAAUAAAACGAUUAUUUUGGAAAACAA